AUGGCGGUCACAUCUCCCUUUCAGACGCUCUUCGCCGUGCCCAUGACCUGUGAGGGUUGUGCCAAGGACGUCUCGGGCGCUCUGCAUCGGCUGCCCGGCAUCACCAAGGUCGAGGCGAACGUACUGGACCAGUUAGUGUCAGUGGAAGGAACAGCGGCCCCAUCGGCUAUCGUUGAGGCUAUUCAAGCCACAGGGAGAGAUGCUAUUUUGCGGGGGUCAGGCACCUCAAACAGCGCCGCAGUAAGCAUCCUCGAAACAUAUCACCAUCGGCCCGACACUAUUGAAGUCACUCCCGCCGGUGCAUCCGGCGGCAGCUGGGUCAACGAACGCCUCGUCCGCGGCCUGGUGAGGCUAGUGCAAGUCAGUCCAACCGAAACACUCGUCGACCUGACCAUCCGUGGUGUGCCGCCCGGCACCUAUCACGCCUCAGUGCGUGAGUACGGGAAUCUCAAGGACGGCGCGACGUCGGCGGGGCCGGUCUGGUCUGGAUGGGAUGCUAGCAGUAGCAGUAGCAGCAAUACCACGAGCAAGGACAGUGCACCACGUGGGAUACUCGGCACGGUAGAAGUCGGCCCCAAUGGGUAUGGCAAUGCGUUUCUCAACCGGCCCUUCCAGGUAUGGGAGGUAAUUGGGCACGCGCUAGUUGUUUCGAAGCAUGAGGAACAUGACCGUGCGAAUGCCGCUCCGCUGCAGAACACGGAGGACACGGUAGUCGGCGUGAUUGCGCGAAGCGCCGGGGUGUGGGAUAACGAUAAAACGGUAUGCUCGUGCACGGGUAAGACACUCUGGCAGGAGCGGAAGGAUGAGGUGGGCAAGGGGAUGUUGUGA